UAAGGCCGUGUCUGUGCUUAUAUAACCUUUCAGCUACUCUCUCUCUACCAAGGCUGGGCGGCUCAGAAGAACCCUAAACCACCAGAAGGUAAGGGUAAGGUUGUUAGUAGGAGCAAUGGCGGUGCCUCUGUUGACGAAGAAGAUCGUGAAGAAGAGGGUCAAGAAGUUCAAAAGGCCCCACAGCGAUUGGAAAAUCUCGGUCAAGGAAAACUGGCGCAGACCAAAGGGUAUUGAUUCUCGGGUCAGAAGAAAGUUCAAGGGAUGCACUCUGAUGCCUAAUAUUGGCUAUGGCUCUGACAAGAAGACUCGUCAUUAUCUUCCCAAUGGUUUUAAGAAGUUUGUUGUGCACAAUGUUAAAGAGCUUGAGGUGCUGAUGAUGCACAACAGGACUUACUGUGCAGAGAUUGCACACAAUGUGUCCACAAGGAAGAGGAAAGAGAUUGUGGAGCGUGCUGCUCAGCUUGACGUUGUUGUCACAAACAAGCUUGCCAGGUUGCGCAGCCAGGAGGAUGAGUGAGCCUUUAGGCUUAGGAAAUAUUAUUACAUUAUAUGAAGUAAUGAACUUCAUUUGCCGUGGAGUCUUCUCAUUAAUGCUUUUGGAGAACAGAACACGUUUAUUCCUUGCUAUGUUUUAGACCAUGUAAGUUGCUUUUCUGUGCAAUUUUGAUCUUUUGAUGUGUGGUCAUUAUAUUUUUCCCAAAUGUCUUGAGAGUUGUUGUGGGUUGAUGGAGCUUGUUCUUGGGUAUGAUCUUUGACAAUUAAUCCGAAACAAUUUGAUAAUGGAGAGGGAUGCACCCUCCCAAAUGGGUGGGUUUUUAAUCUUUGGAG